AUGGACGGUAUGGUCGUACAAAAUCUGACAGAAGAAGCUGUGAUGAGGAGCGGCGUUCAACUAAUUGAAUUGUCUGCAGAAUGGGUGGUCAUUGAAGAUCGGCUUUUACAUCGUAUUCUCAAGUCUGGUUCCUUAAGAUGUCUUCGGCUUGCAUAUUGCUCUCAGAUUAGCGGUAAUGCAUGGAUUAACAUGGACAAGAAAGCUGUUUUGUCGGAGGAACUUGAAUUAUGCCACUGUUCUUUCUUAGAGAAUAUGGUUGAUAUGCUUAAAAUUGUUCGGAGGUCAUGCCCCCGGCUAAAAUUAUUCCGGUUCAACUGUCGAGGCUACAGGCGUCCGCUUAGAGAGUUUGAUGAUGAGGCACUAGUCAUUGCAGGGAACAUGCCUGUGCUGCUCCAUCUUCAUCUUUUUGGGAAUAAAUUGACCAAUGUGGGCUUGAAGGCCAUUCUCGAUGGCUGGCUGCACCUUGAAUCUCUCGACCUCCGUCAAUGCUUUAACGUUAAUGUAGAAGGGGAUCUACUGAAGAGUUGCAGAGAUAGGCUUAUAACAUUGAGGCUCCCAAAUGACUCCACUGUAGACUAUGAAUUUGAUGCUACAAUCAAUGAUGGCAACAGUGACUAUGAUGAAUGGCGCUAUGACAACCCUCUGGCGCAAAAGAUGCGGUGGUAUCUUUGA